AUGGAGGGACUUGCAGAUCAGAGCGCCCCUGACUUAAGGGCAACUGCAGUGGCAGAUGUUUCGGUGACAGGAGCAGCGGUCGUCGCCGUAGCCGCUGCAGAAGGAUUGGUCGCGUCGGUGGUCGACCCAAAGGCAGCUCAGGUGGCCACGGGUGGCAACCAGACUGUCACAAACCAACCAUGGGAUGCGCACUUGGAAGAUCCCAGUCUUCAGACAGGCUACACCUUUGUGCCUGAGAUGACGUCAGAUGAAAGGCGUUCUGCAUUGAAGCUUUGUGGGCCUAGCGUAUCCGCCUUUAUGGAAAGGUGCGAAUUCAUAAGUCUUGGAUGCUAUUGCGCUCCUUCCUAUGCCAUGCAGCUUCUCAACCUUCGGAAGAACUCCUAUCCCUUCGACUGGACUCGCAGCUCGCUUGAAGGGGUUUUGCACUGCAUGGACAUGAGGUUCGAGGAUUUCCUCACCUAUUCCACGUACAACAUGGUGGAUCAACACGUGGUCUUUGGCGGCACUCGUUGGGGCGGAUCCUUCUGGCAUCACAACCUGGAAGCCCCGAUGACACUUCAGGACAUGACCAGGCGGAUCCAUCGCUUCCUGGGCACGGGCGAUGUGUCGCCCAAGGUGCCACGCGUCUUCGUGCGGAUUAUCAACUCCACCCGCGAGAUCGGCUUCACGGAGGAGGAGUUCCGGCAACAGCCAGCACCCAAUCGUCAUCCACUCUCAGUCAGCGGAGCGCGAUGUGCGGAUGCCAUCGUUGGGAGCUUAGCCAACCGACAGAAUGCCUUCGGUGACUGUGGAGCCAUGAUGGAGCGCCUGCUUUCGGUGACGCAGCAGCAGGCCUUUGUAUUGCCCAUCGGAGUGGACGCAUCAAAGCCAUUCCCAGUACAGUGCUUCGGGCGAUAUCUUCAGGUGCAUUUGCCACCCUUUGCCCACCAGGGGUUGGUGGUUCAGCUUUUUCUGAAUAGUGGACAGCUGAGUGGUGUGAUCUCUUCUCUCUAUGAGGGUCAGUUGGUCACACUGGCGCAGGUGCAAGUGGAGGAUCAAAUCCAAGACACAAAGAUGGAAGAGACUUGA